AAGCCAGAGACGCCGAUCCGGAUCCGGACGUCGGGUCUUUUCUGCUCCGGUUGAACGUGUCGGACCCCCCCGUCCUCCCCUCCUCCUCCUCCUCCUCCCCCCUCCGUCCCAGUCCCUCCCACAGCUCUGCAACACAACCGACAGCCGCAGCCAGGCGUCAUUUACCGGAGCAGCUCCGCACCGCAGCCUGGACCCGCAUCCACAGGGGCUGGCCACAGACCCGGAUCCGCUCUGCCCGGGUGGGACUGCAGGACCGCGGACCCUGAGGCCGACGCGCGUGUGAUCCGAACCAGAACCGGCGGCUGAGACCGACGGAGCCGGAGGACCGGAGGACCGGAGGGCUAGGGUUGGUUUGGCCCAGCUGGAGGACCUGGGACAUGGACUGACCCUCUAAAGUGGACCCGCUCCGCCUCAGCCGCACCAGGACCAGGACCAGGACCAGCACCAGGACCAGGACGGGAUUCGGACCCCGGAGUGGAUCAUGUUUACUCCCCUGUGAGGACUACACUACCCAGAAUUCCCGUGAGCUGCCGGUCCAGUUUGAAUCUGUUUGACGAAGACACUUCAGAGGAAAUAACGCCGACACCGCUGUGAACACUAACCCGACGACAUGGCGAACAACACGGCGGACCACCCCCCGGGGAACUCCACCGCCGAAGGGGGUCACGACGGGGACUUUGGGAUCUCCAUGACGGACCUGAGGAGCCUGAUGGAGCUGCGGAGCGGCGAGGCCGUCAACAAGAUCCGGGACUCGUACGGAGACGUACAGGGGAUCUGCCGCCGCCUCAAAACCUCCCCCAUAGAAGGUUUGUCGGGGAACCCCGUGGAUUUGGAGAAACGUCACACGGCGUUCGGGAAGAACUUCAUCCCUCCGAAGAAGCCCAAGACGUUCCUGCAGCUGGUUUGGGAAGCGCUGCAGGACGUCACGCUCAUCAUCCUGGAAAUCGCCGCCAUCAUCUCCCUGGGCCUGUCCUUCUACCAUCCACCAGGGGGCGACAGUGAAGCAUGCGGUCAGGUUGCGGGCGGCGUGGAGGACGAGGGCGAGGCUCAGGCCGGCUGGAUCGAAGGCGCCGCCAUCUUGUUCUCCGUCAUCAUCGUCGUCCUGGUGACGGCCUUCAACGACUGGUCCAAAGAGAAGCAGUUCCGGGGGCUGCAGAGUCGCAUCGAGCAGGAGCAGAAGUUCACCGUCAUCCGCAAAGGACAGGUCAUCCAGAUCCCCGUCGCUGAGAUCGUGGUGGGAGACAUCGCUCAGAUCAAAUACGGAGACCUGCUGCCCGCUGAUGGGAUCCUGAUUCAAGGCAACGAUCUAAAGAUUGAUGAGAGCUCUCUGACCGGAGAGUCCGACCAGGUCCGCAAGUCCAUGGAGAAGGACCCCAUGCUGCUGUCGGGAACCCAUGUGAUGGAGGGAUCAGGCAGGAUGGUGGUGUCGGCCGUCGGCCUCAACUCUCAGACCGGCAUCAUCUUCACCCUGUUGGGCGCCGGCGAGAACGACGAAGAGAAGAAGGUCAAGAAAAGUAAAAAACAAGGACCCCCCGAAAAUCGCAACAAAGCUAAGACCCAGGACGGCAUCGCUCUGGAGAUCCAGCCGCUGAAGAGCGAGGAGGCCGCCGAGUCGGAGGAGAAGGAGGAGAAGGAGGAGGCCAAACCGGUGAAGAAGGUCAACGUGACCAAGAAGGAGAAGUCGGUUCUUCAGGGGAAACUGACCCGACUGGCCGUUCAGAUCGGGAAGGCAGGUCUGAUCAUGUCGGCCGUCACCGUCAUCAUCCUCAUCCUGUACUUCGUCAUCGACACCUUCGCGGUCCAGGGCCGGUCCUGGGUGGCCGAGUGCACCCCCAUCUACAUCCAGUACUUCGUCAAGUUCUUCAUCAUCGGCGUGACGGUGCUGGUGGUGGCGGUUCCUGAAGGACUGCCGCUGGCCGUCACCAUCUCCCUGGCCUACUCUGUCAAGAAAAUGAUGAAGGACAAUAACCUGGUUCGUCACCUCGACGCCUGUGAGACGAUGGGGAACGCCACCGCCAUCUGCUCCGACAAGACGGGAACACUGACCAUGAACCGUAUGACGGUGGUCCAGGCCUACAUCGGAGACACGCACUACAAGACGGUGCCCGAACCCGACGUCAUCAAACCUGAGACUCUGGAAACGCUGGUCAACAGUAUCUCCAUCAACUCCGCCUACACCACCAAGAUCCUGCCUCCGGAGAAAGAGGGCGGGCUUCCUCGCCACGUGGGCAACAAAACGGAGUGCGCUCUGCUGGGCCUGGUCCUGGACCUGAAGAGAGACUACCAGCCAAUCAGAGAGGAGAUCCCAGAGGAGAAAAUGUACAAGGUCUACACCUUCAACUCGUCCAGGAAGUCCAUGAGCACCGUCCUGAAGAACGCCGACGGAGGCUUCCGCAUGUACAGCAAGGGGGCGUCGGAGAUUGUCCUGAGGAAAUGUUCUCGUAUCCUGGACGCUCAGGGUCAGCCUCGCGUCUUCAAGCCCAAAGACCGUGAUGAGAUGGUGAGGAAGGUGAUCGAGCCCAUGGCGUGUGACGGACUCAGGACCAUCUGCGUGGCCUACAGGGAUUUCCCCGCCGAGGCCGGAGAACCAAACUGGGACAACGAGAACGACAUCCUGAAUGAGCUGGUGUGCAUCGCCGUGGUGGGCAUCGAGGACCCCGUCAGACCCGAGGUACCUGAAGCCAUCGCUAAGUGUCAGCGUGCGGGCAUCACGGUUCGGAUGGUCACCGGAGACAACAUCAACACAGCCCGAGCCAUCGCCACCAAGUGUGGCAUCCUGCUGCCCGGAGAGGACUUCCUGUGUCUGGAAGGGAAGGAGUUCAACCAGCAGAUCCGCAACGACAAAGGAGAGGUGGAACAGGAGCGUCUGGACAAGGUUUGGCCCAAACUUCGCGUUCUGGCUCGUUCUUCGCCGACAGACAAACACACUCUGGUCAAAGGUAUCAUCGACAGCACGGUGGGAGAAACCCGACAGGUGGUGGCGGUGACGGGAGACGGCACCAACGAUGGCCCCGCCCUCAAGAAAGCUGACGUGGGCUUUGCCAUGGGAAUCGCGGGUACAGACGUAGCGAAGGAGGCGUCCGACAUCAUCCUCACCGACGAUAACUUCACCAGCAUCGUCAAAGCCGUCAUGUGGGGGAGGAACGUCUACGACAGCAUCUCCAAGUUCCUUCAGUUCCAGCUCACCGUUAACGUCGUGGCCGUGAUCGUGGCCUUCACCGGCGCCUGCAUCACACAGGACUCCCCUCUGAAGGCCGUGCAGAUGCUCUGGGUCAACCUCAUCAUGGACACUCUGGCGUCUCUCGCUUUGGCCACCGAGCCGCCCACCGAGUCUCUGUUGCUACGGAAACCGUACGGCCGUGACAAGCCGCUCAUCUCCAGGACCAUGAUGAAGAACAUUCUGGGUCACGCCGUGUACCAGCUCGUCAUCAUCUUCACUCUGCUCUUCGCCGGUGAGAACUUCUUCGACAUCGACAGCGGCCGUAACGCGCCGCUGCACUCGCCGCCAUCGGAGCAUUACACCAUCGUAUUCAACGUUUUUGUGAUGAUGCAGCUGUUCAACGAGAUCAAUGCUAGGAAGAUCCACGGAGAGAGGAACGUGUUCGAGGGCGUCUACAGGAACCCCAUCUUCUGCAGCGUCGUACUCGGCACCUUCGCCCUGCAGAUCAUCAUCGUUCAGUUUGGGGGGAAGCCCUUCUCCUGUACGGCUCUGACCAUCGACCAGUGGCUCUGGUGUGUUUUCAUCGGCGUGGGGGAGCUGCUGUGGGGACAGCUGAUCUCGGCCAUCCCCACCCACCACCUGAAGUUCCUGAAGGAGGCGGGUCACGGCAUCACCAAGGAGGAGAUCCCAGAGGAGGAGCUGACGGAGGGCGCCGACGAGAUCGACCACGCCGAGAUGGAGCUGCGACGAGGCCAGAUCCUGUGGUUUAGAGGCCUGAACCGCAUCCAGACGCAGAUUAAGGUGGUGAAUGCAUUCCGUAGCUCCCUGUACGCGGGGCUGGAGAGCCCAGAGUCCCGCAGCUCCAUCCACAGUUUCAUGGCCCAUCCCGAGUUCGUCCCGCUGUCCGAAGAGGAGGAGGCUCGCAUCCCCGCCAUCGAGGAGACCGGAGACGAGAUCGAAUCGCUCCCCGGCGCCUCCUCUGGGGGAGGAGGGGAGCCGCCCAGCACCUUCCCCCACAGCUGCCAAUCAUCCAUCUGAGCCCCCACCCUUCCCCCGUCCCCGCCUCCUCCUCCUCCUCCUCCUCCUCCUCCUGUUCAUCAUCAGCAUCUUGAAGCACAGAGGAGGGGCGUCAUCAUCCGCUCAUCCACAUCCCGCUUCACGCCGCCUCCACCCUCCUCUUUAGUCAUUCCUGCCACAUUGUGUUUUUCAUACUGACUGUGGCGUCGAUCUGCCUGUAAGUUAGCCCCGCCCACUUCCACUCCACCUGAAUGAGUCUCCACAGCUGUCCUUUGUCCAUUCAUGUGUAUUUUUUACUUGAUGCUCCUUUUUAAAACAAGCUUUUGUUGGGUUUGAUCUUUCGGGACUCGCUCGCAGCAGCAUGUCGUGUUCUGUACUCGCUUCAUUCCUGCGCUCAAACAAAACGCACCGAACUUUUCAAAGAGUGCACAGAUUCUCAUGUACAUACGCUUCCUUCAGCUAAAAAGUCGGGUUUGGUGAUCAGAAGAUUUUUAGGCAAAUGCAAAAAUGUAACCUUUUGUCAUUUUUUUAAGGUUUUCUUUUUAGAUGUUGUUUGUUUUUAAAACCUCUUAUAACGAAUGUUUAAUUGAUGGUUGAUUCAAACUCCUGCGAAUGUCUUGUGAGUGUGACACUACAGAAGUCGAACUGUUAAACAUGUUCUUCCCUUCAUACAUUGUGUCUGUAUGUGUUGGCUUUUCUUUAGCUGCGACGUGUUGUUGCAUGUGGAAGGACAGAAUGUUUACGACCCAAAAAUAUCGAACCCAGAGAGGGCUCGCUUUCUGCUCAGUGGCGGUCUGACCUCAUCUCAUCCAAUCAGGGUUCUGGUUCUCACUGCCCCUCCCCUUCACUAUGUCCACCAAUAGGAAACAUCCUUCCUGUUUCCCUCCCCUCUAGUAGGAUGCAUGUUAUGUUCAGUCGUGUUGAGUCGCAUGAUAACUUAGGAAUGAAAUUUGGGGUCCUGUUUUCGACUACCGUCUGUUUGUUACUGCCACUUUGUCCAUGUUUAGAGCAGCGUUCACUGUCUGUCUGUAAAACUGAAUGUUCUGUUACAACAGCAGGACAAAAAACAGUCAUCAGUACUCUGUAAAUUUAAGUGGAAACAGUGCAAAUAACACUCAUUUGUUCCUAAAAACAGACCCAGACUACAUGCAUAUGCUGGGAUUCUGCUCAUCGGUAAAGGUUGUAAUAGUUAAUUACUACAAGCAGUGAAAACAGUUUAAUCUUCAAAAACACUCAAAGUAGAAGAAUAAACUACAAAAACAAAAUGCAACACAAUCGAAGCUGAAAAACAGUGUAGAGUAGCGUGGGCUCGGUUGUGGUUUUGCUCCAUUUUUUGAUUCACGCUGCGUAAGAAUAAAGUGGUUUUGCACAAAAUGGGACCUUUUAAUUAAUCACAUAUGAUGUCAUGCAGUCUUAGCUCAAAUAUUAGCCUUUAAAAAUACACUGUGAGCACAAAAAGAUUCAGUUUUUCACUUUGAGUCAAAAAUCUACAAAGGGUCCAAGGCACUGCCCUGGGGAACUCCGCCUCAUUUAAAACAGUAAAUACUUGAAAAUGACUACACAGGUAUUUGGGACCAGUUGUACCAGUUACUGUGGAAUUAUGGAAAUGGCCACUCCAACUAUUUAGAACAAUCGGUGGCUGAUGGACCAGAUCACCUUUAGUACCUAAACUGCCCACUUUUUAUAGCCAGACACUAAGAACAUGAAGAUAAGCUGUGGCCUAAAGCUCAGGAGGGUCGAAUGUGGACUGUUGGAACUCAUUCUAACAUCAGUGCUAGUGUUUACAUAUUUCAUCAUUUCACAUAAUGAUGACUGAAGGAUUAAGACUGAAUGCAUUUAGCUGAGUUUCAACAGCCGUCCUUUCUUAUAUCUUUGCACAGGUUCAUGUUUUUCCAUUUCUGUUUCACACUGGACGUGAGACUCCAUGACAUCAAGUCCACUGUUUGCACUUAAUGUAUGUGUUUUCAAAAAGCAAACUCUGCAAUAAGCAUUUAUAAUCCCAGACAAAUGUACAUCAUUAUUAUUAUUAUUAUUAUUAUUACUGGUCAGAUUUCACUCAUUGAAUAAAUGUGGUAGGACUUUUACGAGCCGCUUUUUGGUCAUCAGUCUCAACUUGUAUCUGUCUCUGUUACAACACUCAUAAACCAUUCAGUGAAGUUUGUAAAAGCAGUAAAAACAAAGAACCAAAAAAUAUGAAUUGUUUCCGUCGUGAUGCUUUGUUGUUGAAAACUUUGACAGCAAAGCUUAAGUAGACGAGACAAAAGUAGUCAGCUGCUUAUUUUAGGAAAAAGAGCGUCCAGUCUGAAUAUUGAUCCUAAAUGAUAAUGUUUCCUUUACCGAGUGUCGAUGAUCUGUUUUUGACCUCGUUCCUGGACGUUCAGUUCAACAGACAGGAGGAGAACUGAGCUCUGAAGGGUCUUAUUUGUGUUAGAAGACAAAUCUUAGUACCAUUUCCGGUGUUUUUGUUCCCUGGUUUGUCAGAGUUUCUGACUAAAAGUGAAUCAGCCGUCAGCAGCAGAGACCGCUCUGCUGAGUCCAUACAACGAACGUCAGCGCUGAGGUUUACGGGCGACGAAACCCACUGUGCGUCCCUGCUGCUGCUGCUCUGCCGGUCUGCCGUCGUACGCAGAUUACUGUCUUAAAAGAAGGAAUCAUCCUCCAAUCAGAAGCAGCGCUGCGUCUAACCCCUCUGUCGUUGCUACUACUGCCAUAUUUCCAACUUUUUGUCAUGACUCGGUUCUUCCUCUCCCCCUCUGAUGAGCUUUUUCUAUGUAACUCAGAGCCAUAUUUUAUAGGUUGUCUGUAUUGUUUUAUAUCUCAUUGUUAUCGAGGUUUCCUUUGGACUUUCUCAGCCCUCCCUCCCUCCCGGCCCACCCCUCCCCCCACCUCGGCCCUUUAUCUCCAAACAUGACCAAAAAGCAAGGAGAAAAUCUUCAGUCGUCACUGCCGAACCAAGUCUAAAGGACCUCUACAAUGUUUACAUGAAAAGCGAGUGGGAGGCAGUUCGCCUGCGCUUCUCUCAUCCAACCACUUCCCUUUCAUUCCCUUGCUUUCCUAAAUCUUAGAGUUACUAUUUAACUAAAUGGGGAAUCUUUCUUGCAUGGUUUUCAUAUAAAAUUCAAUGUUUUGCUCAUUUUUUACAAUUCUUCUGUAUUUUUAUAUUAAGUACUUUUUAAUAUUUUGGAGAUAUAUGAAUAUAUAUGUAUAGGCUGAAGAGUUUGGUGACAGUACAGUACGUGAAUGAGAUGAAUCUACCGUGGACUCUGUCUUUUUACAGCUCUCUAAAUAUUUAUGCCACGUGUGUCGUCUUGGUCACCUGAUGUUAGGGCUCCGAAACCUGCAGUGACUUGUUUACUUCAAUUGGAAUCUCAACAAUCGGUUCUCAUCAGCCCCCCCUCCUUUACAUGAUUAUAUUCACUUUAUCUACGAUGUUGUGACACACUACACGCUAUGUGAUUUCGCAGUUAUCCGACUCCAUUAGAGUUCAGCAGAUGCAACAUGAAUACAGCUAACUGUAUCCAACAUUAAACAGGUGUAUAAUUAUUUAUCCAACCUCUGGGGUUUUGGGUUUUUUUUCUGUACUUUGAAGCUGGUUUUUCUCUGAGUGAGUGGAUCGACGCUGGUGUCGGAGCGUCAAAGAGGACUGAAGCUGUGUCGCGUUUCAAGCUCCGCCUCCUCCAAAAAGGGGGCGAUGAAGGUGUACCCGCCCCCACUGUCCUAAAAAAACGAAUGGAAGAAACAAAGUGGAUUAUGGGAUUCUGAUGUAGGCUGUUUGGUUCUGUUCUCCUGAGCAUAGAUACAGGUCUUUGAGGUGGACCUGGGAAAACCUGAAGGGACCUACUAUCCAAAGCAAUACAACAGGACCCGCUUGAUCCAGUUUCUCAGACCCUGUUUGGGGUUCAGAGACCAGGAACUGAUCAGGCCUUUUGAGACCUCUACAUCAGCCACAAAAUGAUUUAAUUUCUUGACAAAUGAAAUAUUUAAAGGCUGAAUCUUUGGGUUUUCAGAAUCUAUUUAGAGUGAAGAUGUGGAUCAAACUGUCACAGUUUUAUCUAAAUGAACAAGUCAGUCUCUUCAUCAGACAGUCCACACGACUUGUCUUCACACUUUACAGGAAAACCCAGGAAGACUCCAGUGUCCACAAAUGAUGGAUAACUUUAAAGCUAUUUCUACUUGAAGGACCGGAGCGGUUCUAUUGUGGGACACUGAGACCGAACAGAAACUCAAACUAAACGAGGAUAUUAGAUCUUACAAAAACAAACAUUAGAAACUACACUGGAGUAUCGCUGUGGUUAUACUGUCAUCAGGCCAUUAUUAAGCUUUAAAUUCCAAACACGUCUGUGGCCACAGUUGUAUUUUUUGCUGAAACAUUCAAGUUUCCCACAGACUUUGUCUUUACAUGGACUCAGAGUUCCACGUAUUUGUGUGUUUGGACAAAGGCAGAUACAAACUGGACACAGACGGCACAAAUACAGCUGAUCAGUUGUUAUUUAACACUUUCCAUUACAGAACAUAUAGGAAAAAAAUGUCCCAUCUUGCAUUAAGCUCAUGUACUGAAACUUUUUUGCAACACGACAGACAUUUGUUCCAGUUUCUGUUCUUUUUUUAUGCUGAAAAGUUUUUCCUUGAGCAGCGUCAGUGGCAGCUCACUGAUCCUAAUGUGCUAAUGCUAAUGCUAGGUGCUGUGUGUAUUAUGGGUAAAAUGCACAGGCUGAAUUUCCCACAGAAAUAAUAAUAUGAGUUAACCUUUUAAACACACAUUGAUGACAACACAGCUGGUGACUGUUCGGAGCAGGUUUUAUUUAAUCAUCGCAGAUUAAGUUAAUGAAAUAUUUCUGUGGACGUUGGAUCCCUGCUGCCUGUUCUGACUCUUCAAGUGUCAGGUGAUGACGAACAAAUCCAAACCAAAGAGGCAAAAAAAGUCAUGAAAGAUGCCACGUUUCAGCUCUUGGUUUUCAAUUCGCAAACUCUGAGUUUUGAAGGAGGCGGAGCCUGUGACGGGACACAGAUGCAUCUGCGGACGUCGCCAUCAUUUCCUCCAACUGAAAAAACGGGAACGCAUGAUGACGUGUUUCCUCUUUGUUUUUUGAGAACAGCUGCGCUCCUACAGUCAGUGCCAUGUAAAUAUUGUCAUAUAAUGAAGAGAACCUGCUGUUUGUGUUGGUGACAGGAAAUGGGAGAGGGGGCAAUCAGCCAAUCACCAGCCAGCAAAGCUUUAAGAAAGUUCUGCCAAAGUUGCUUUUUGUUUGUUCACCCCCGUUCUUCUUCUGAUUGGAGCGUUUGCAGUCACAUGAUCAGCCCCUCCCUCUUCCUCGUCGAUAUCGCUGUGAUGGUCGUCUGUUGGACUGGUUGGACUGGUUGCCCUCAUAUCCCAGAAUCCUUAGCGAAAGACGCCGCAGACCUGUUUUUGGCUCCUGGUUCCAACCACGUCACAAAAAAGUGUCCGGAUGAAAACUCAGCAGCGGACUGAAAACCUUCAGACACACCUGGUUUUACUUCCUGAAGGUUCUUUUUUGGAAUUGAUUUGAUUUUUUUUCCUUCUUUUUUCUGGGUUUGGUUUGGGGGUUUUUUCCACGAGGACCUCUGUACGGAGAAGGAACUCACUUCUUAUCCGAUCAUCGUUGCGUUUUGACUGCUUCCUCUUCAGAGCACUGCCUUUCUCAGAACAGAACAGAACCUUCACUUCAAAAUAAAAAAGGGUACAAACGAACUGGAGUAUCACAGUUGGAAAAGUCAUAACCACUUAACAUAUAUAUCUAUAUAUUUAUAUAUGGUAUCCAUGUAUUUAUAUCUAGGAUGUAAACGCCAGUGCUCAUGUUAGGUAUAAAUACAUAGAUAUAUAUGGUUUCUCAGUUGAACUUCAUUGCAAAAAAGACUGAAAAAGAUUUGUUUUCUGUAAUUACUAUGAUACACAGUAAUAGGCGUUGGUGUUAUUUUUGUAUAAACAUAAUAUCAUCUAUGUGGCAUGCAUGACAUAUAUACAAAAUUUGGUGGUUUAAAGCAAUAUGUCCAACCUGGUGCGAUUGGUUCCGUCGUGUUCUGUGUAGCCUAAAGCCACUCUGUACGAAAACAUGAAAAAAAAACCAAAAAAAACAACAAAAAAAGACGAACUGCAUUUGGGUAAAACUAACUGUUCAGUAUAUGUGUUCAAUGUUCUGUGUUCUGCAUGUUUUAGUAUGGAAUGAAACAUCCCAAUGUUGACUUGUUUUCCAAAUCCCGAACACACGCCCCGAUCACGCAAAACACACACACACACACAAUCACACACGCACACACAGACACACACAGACACACACAUGCAUUUGCACUGCGGGGUGAAACACACUGAGGAAAUUCAAACUGUGUGACUUUGUGACGGAUGGACUGAUGAAGCAUCGUCUGGUUUAUCCGCCAACUUAGAGACUAACAUCCACCUCUUCGCUGUUUCAUCCUCCCCUCCCACACAAACACAAACAAACAAACAAACACUGAGAUUUACAGACUGUCCUGAACUCAUCACCCACUCAUUUGUACAGUGAGAGGAGGAGGAGGAGGGAGACGAUGGCAGUAAACGAGGCCUCAGACAUUCAGCCUGUGGUUCAGGUAGGCUUCUGGUCUGCAGGAAUCAUCAUCUCCACCAUCUCACCAAUCACAUGCAUCGAUCGAACGUUCACAUCCAUCCAUCCCUGUUCUGUUCUUCCUCCUCAUUGAUCCAUUCAGAGGAAAAGGUAGUUUUUCCUGCACAGGGGAUAUGUCUGUAAACACACCGCGGUUACUAUAGUCAGCCUAAACUAAAACUAUUAUAGUGGGAUACCAGACGCACAUUAGAUGAAGUAAAACCAAAAAGGCCAGUUUUCAACAAAUUAAAAAGAAAAUGCAACACAAGUUAAAAUGAUACAGAAUAAAUAAAGUAGAAUCAACUUCAUUUUUAUUUUUCUCUCAGUUCUCCUUUAGGAUGCCAGUGAACAGCACCUAGUAAUAAUAUGCGACAGGAACAUUAAUUUGGUUUUAAUAUUUAAAUGGUUUUGUAAAUCAUAGCUGACAUUAUACGUUUCAGCCUUUUCUAAUUUCUAUAAAUCAAAGUUUUUUUCACAAUACUUGUAAAUCCCAACUAACACUAAAGCUAAAUAAAAACUCAUUUCUAAAGUAACAGCAGACUGGUGACGUAUUUGUGGGUGUAAUUCAGGAUUUCAUCAGAUAAACUUUGUGCAUGAGGUCUGCGUAGAUCACUAAAUCACAUACCGGCACAUUAGUGCUAGCAUAUUAGCAUUAACAUCAGUCAGUGUUUACAUAAACUAUUUUAUUUUACACAACUGAAUCUUAAUCUAAAAACUCAAAACUGAAUAAAUGUUCAUAUUUUGAUGCUGAGAUCAGUGUUGAAACGACACUUAGUUUAAAGAUGGAAGUUUGGCUAAUCUGACUGAAGGGCUGUAACACAAACACUGAAAUCCUUCCUGUUUUAUUCCACAGUACUGUUUACAUACUGUUGUGUGUAUUAAUUGGCCUAUAGUUCAGUUUACAGUUUGACAUUCUAAAGAAAAGUUUUUAUCCAACUGAGAAAAGCGGAUGCUAAUUAGCUCGACUUGCUAACGCUAGCAUUGAAACCUGCUGAGUCAUGGGCAGCGCUAAGCUACACAACAGGAAGAACGAAAGGGAAAUGGUUUAAUUGGUAAGGAUAUUUCAUAUAAUAAUUUACAAUGCAUUAAAAAAUAUUAUGAGACUGUUUUUAAGAAUAAAAAAUUCAAAAAGAAUAGAAAGAGUGACCUUUUGACCGUUUACUGUAAUAUUUCAGCUAGUAGGCGCUGGGGGGAUGUUCUGUGUUAAUUCAUUCACUGCCGUGUUUGUUGUAUCUCAUUAAAGUAAUAAACUGCUUUACUUUAGGAGGAUAAACAUGUUUCUGUAUUUAAUACUUUAUAUAAAACUGUUCAGUCUUUGUUACACCAAUGGUACAACAUUAUGAUGACACAAUACUGACGUCAUUUCCAACAGAAAAACAGACAGUCGCAGAACUGUCAACUUUAUAUUACAUUUAAGUGGCGUCAUCUACACAAGAAGACAAAAUGGCAACAAAAUGAAUGAUGUGAUAUUUAUUAUGGAUUUGUACAGUUUGAUAAAUCUGAUUUCAAGCAGCUAAAUUAGCAAAAACAAGAAAAAUGUGCAAGUGGUUUUGGAUCCAAACUCAGUUAUUCUUAUGUAGUAAUGAAGACGGAACAUUAAACCAAAGUAUGGAGCAAAAUGAGCAUUUUUACCCAGGACAUGCUUUUGUGUCAGGCUGUGUUUGUUUCAGCAGUGAUACGACACAACACUGACAACUGUCGGUUUAAUCCAUCUAUUUCCAUCCCAGGGCUUGUAUUGUUACUCUUUAAACGUCAUUUACGUACAUAGUUGGGUUUGUUUGGUAAAUCUGACCUGGGAUAUUUCCUCCAGUCGGUGGGGUAGAGUUUUCAUGUUCUGGGGGGGGGGGGGGGGGGGGGGUUCCUUAGUUCUCAAUUCCUCCCUCCAUUAUUGACAUGUAUGCUAGGUUGAUUCUCCUCUCAGGUUCAAAUGUAGAUGAUAAACUGGAGUAAAAAUACAUAAACAGUCC